AUGCAGUACAACAGCUUUCAUAACCAGCACCCUAUUUUUAGACAACGACUAGACCGGAAUGAACAAUUUGGUAAAAUCCCCUUCUAUAAUAAUGGGCUGCAUGAUUUUGGUGGUCCAAAAAAUUUUGCUCCCAGAAAUGGUAUGGGUAAUAAGAACUUCAGACCCAGAAAUGAUUUUAAUGGAAUGAGAAAUGACUUCAAUGGCAUCAAAAAUGAUAACCAAAAUGAUUUUGGUGGACCAAAAGAUUACAGGCCAAGAAAUAAUUACAACAACCAAUUGCAAAAGAAAGAUUAUGAAGGGGAUAAGUCUGGAGGUAAUAUGCAGUUCUAUAAUGGAAAGAACGAUUUUGGAGGACCUAAACAACAGAACUUCCAAAAGAAUUAUGGACCCAAAAACUAUAACAACCCUAACGGAAACAAUAAUGGCCAACAAACAUUUGUUCCUAAAAAGAUUUACAGCAACAGUUCCGUGUCUCCAACCAAUGAGUUUUCUGACAGGAAGAUGCAGAGUCGUAAAGCUAAACACCCAGGUGAAGCAUUGACUAAACCUGAAUGGGAUAUGUCGAAUCUGGAUACCAUUCAGAAAAACUUUUACAAACCUCAUUCUAAUGUUGAGGCCAGAACUGAUGAUGAAGUCCAAAUUUUCCGUGCAGCCAAAGAGAUAACAGUUAGUGGCAAUAAUGUUCCUCGUCCUAACCAAAUAUUUGAUGAAGGCAAUUUCCCUGAUCACAUUAUGACAACCAUCAGAGAACAAGGAUGGGAAGAACCUACUGGUAUUCAAGCACAAGGGUGGCCGAUUGCUCUAUCUGGUCGUGAUAUGGUUGGUAUUGCAUCCACUGGAUCUGGCAAAACUCUAGCUUAUAUGCUCCCAGCGGCGGUGCAUAUUGUUCAUCAACCCAGGAUCCAGCGAGGUGAUGGACCUAUUGCUCUGAUUUUGGCUCCUACUAGAGAAUUGGCCCAACAAAUUCAGUCAGUUGCUCAGGCGUACAGCGCCCGCGGUUGCAUAAGAAACACAUGUUUGUUUGGUGGCUCUCCUAAAGGGCCUCAAGCCAGAGACUUAGAAAAAGGAGUGGAGAUUGUUAUAGCGACACCUGGGCGGCUGAUCGAUUUCUUGGAGCGUGGAACUACCAACCUGCGGCGAUGCACAUACUUGGUGUUGGAUGAAGCAGAUAGAAUGUUAGAUAUGGGUUUCGAACCCCAGAUCCGUAAAAUUAUUGAACAAAUCCGUCCAGACCGUCAAGUAUUGAUGUGGUCUGCCACUUGGCCAAAAGAGAUUCAGGCUCUAGCCGAGGACUUCCUGACUGAUUACAUCAAAGUCAAUAUUGGAUCAUUGAAUCUUUCCGCCAAUAACAAUAUCAAACAGAUCAUUGAAGUGUGCGAAGAGCACGAAAAGGAAAGCAAACUCAUAAACCUUUUAAAAGAGAUAUCAUCAGAGAAAGAUAACAAAGUCAUCGUAUUUGUUGAAACAAAGAAAAAGGUGGAUGAUAUUGCGCACGCAGUUCGCCGCAAUGGCCACAAGGCUUUGGCUAUUCACGGCGACAAGUCACAACCAGAGCGAGACGCAGUUUUAACGGAGUUCCGUAACGGAUCUACCACAAUACUUAUCGCGACAGAUGUUGCCGCUCGUGGGCUGGACGUUGAAGAUGUCAAGUUUGUUGUUAACUAUGAUUACCCCAACACUUCAGAGGAUUACAUUCAUAGGAUUGGUCGUACUGGCAGAUGUCAACAAUCGGGAACAGCUUACACAUACUUCACCAGCGGCGACGCCCGUCAAGCUCGAGCUCUGGUUGCUGUUUUACGUGAAACGGGUCAAAAUCCUCCCGCAAAAUUGAGUGAUAUGGCAAGAAACAACAACAAUAGCUCAAGUCGCAAUCGCUGGCAGCAACGCAAGGAAAAUAACAGCGGAGCCAGUUCACCCCGUCAGAAGAAUAACCAGUGGAACAACAAAAUGGCGAUGACAACUCCCGAAGAUAACCAAAACAGUUACCAGAACCGCAACCCGAACCCACAAGCUCCGAGGUUUUCUAAUCAGAACCAAAACAACCAAGGGUACAGACAGAACACUUACCAAAAGACAGUACCCUUCCCAAGUCCAAACGUAUUCGAUUCAAUGGGAAGUUACCAAGGCGGCUACAACAACGGAUACCAGAACGCCUACAACAAUCAAAAUGGAUAUGGACAACAUCCUCGUAACGGAGGACAACAAUACCGUAAUACAAAUUCAGUUGGCAACAAAUCCGCCGGUUCUGGAUCGUCGUACGGGUCGCCGCCGCCUCACUUCGCCACACCCCCACAUUAUCCACAAAUGCACCCACAUCACCAGGAAAUGCUGGGUGGUAAGUUCUACGGCGGUGGCGUCGGUGGCGGCGGCCCUUGCGGCUACCAGGCCACAGUAGGCGCGGGCGUGCCCUACCCUCACCUGCCGCCCGGCCCGCUGCUCUACGCCGCUCCGGUACAGCAGUAA